AUGCGACUCAUCAAUACGCGAACUCUACAGCUCGAGGACUUUUCCUACCAUCCAAUUCCAGAAAGAUACGCAAUUCUAUCCCACACAUGGGAGAAAGACGAAGUCACGUUCCAAGAUUGGCAAGAUUUUAGAAUUGCAUCUAAAAAGAAAGGAUUCUUCAAAAUCAAAGCUGCUUGUGAACAGGCUGUGAGGAAUGAACUGGAUUAUUUAUGGGUGGACACCAAUUGCAUCGACAAAUCAAGCUCUGCCGAGUUAAGCGAGGCAAUCAAUUCAAUGUUCGCGUGGUAUCGCGAUGCAUUCAUUUGUUACGCCUAUCUCGCCGACGUCCCCCCAGUCUCAACUGGGGAAAGCAUGAAGCACUUCAGAAAGAGUCGAUGGUUUACCCGUGGAUGGACUCUUCAGGAGUUGCUAGCCCCUCGCCAGCUGAUCUUUUUUGCUCAAGACUGGUCCAAGAUUUCUACUCGAUCAACACUCUCUACCGAAAUCUUUGCCGCGACUCGAAUUAGCGCAGAAUUCUUGACUGGGACUCGGCCACUAUCACACGCAAGUAUUGCCAAAAAAAUGUCUUGGCUGUCCCGCAGAAUUACAAGCAGACCUGAGGACCUUGCCUAUUGUAUGCUCGGUAUAUUUGAUAUUAAUAUGCCCUUACUGUAUGGCGAGGGAUCGAAGGCGUUUAUCAGACUGCAAGAAGAAAUCAUCAAGACAUCAAACGAUCACACAAUCUUUUGCUGGACAUGGAUACAUUCAAUCCCCUCUGACUGGGUUAGCCUACUAGCUCCCUGCCCGUUAGCAUUCGAGCAUUCUGGCAAGUUUAUCCAGACGAAGUUGAGCGCCGGAAACACAAGGACAUUCUCCAUGACAAAUUCUGGUCUUUCAAUUGCCCUUCCCCUC